AUGGGGGAGGCCAAGUCGUACACCAAGACGUUCAUGCUCGUGCCCGGCGACGUGGCCCAGAUCCUCAACGCGCGCUCGGGCACGGAGCUCAAGGAGCUCGCACGGUCUGCCAGCUGCCUCAUGUACCUCGUCGACGCCCACGUGUACAAGGACUGCCGCAUCCUCUGCGUCUCGGGCACGCCGCGCCAGAUCGACGAUGGCAUGCAUGUGCUCGUGGCGCGCAUACAGGAGAUCCUGCGCGACAAGUACACGGCAACCUUCGAGACUGUCAAGUACAUGCACGACAAGUCGGUGGUGCAUAUUCGAUCGGACUUUGCGGCGUACCUCUUGGAGCAUGCGUCGGCGCGCCUCCAGCAAGUCGCAAGCGCCACGCACACGCGCGUUUACAUCAAAGAGGUCGAGGAGAUGGUCAUGGCACUGCCGAUGCGGCGGCUGCACAUUACGGGCACGGCCGACAACGUCAAGGCCGCUUGCAAUCGGCUCCACCAAGUGCAGGCUGCCUAUGAGGCGCUGCCAGCGGACCCGAGUCGCCUCGUCUAUGCACUCCGCCUCGUCUUGCUCGACCGUGACGUCAUGGACGUCGACAACUCGCGCAUGUCGGCGAUGUACCAAGAGCUUCGCGUCGAGGCCAAGGUGCUCAGGAGCGUGCCCAACCUCCCACAGAAGACGCUCUUCGUCCUCACGGGGACGCUCGAGAAUCUCUAUGCAGCCCACACGGCGAGCAUCAAGGCCAUCAGCACCGGCUACGAGCGCGUGCGCCUGCGCAAGGAGCAGCGCGAUCGAGAGUACGCGGCCGAGCAAGCGUUGAGGUAUGGCGACAAGAAGACCGACUACAUAGAGUAUGCACGCCACUCGAGCAGAGAGCGCUCGACGACCAAAGCCAUUUUACCGCCACCGAGCAGCAGCAGUCCGCUGGCGGUGCACGUGACGCCGGUCGUGCCACCGCCGACCACGCCCUUCCCGUACCAACCAGUGCUCGCGCCCAUGCCGUCGGCGUGGACGGCAAACGAGUGCUAG